GCCGCCUCCUCCCCGCAGCCGGGCGGGCGCCAUGGCGGCUACUGCGGCGGCGGCGGCGGCGGGGGCCGCGGGGGACUGCGCGAUGAAGCCACUGCAGAGCGCCAUGAAGCUGGCCCACGGGGCCAUCGAGCUAGACGCUGGCAACCAGCCGCUGGAGGCUUACCUGGAGUACCUGAAGAGCAUCCACUACAUUUCCCAGGUGCUGCUGGAAGAAGCAGGGACUACAAAAGAGGGGGGCGACACUGUGACUCCAGACACCCCAAAGAUGCUAAAGCUGGCUGAGCAGUGUUUGGAGAGGGCCAAGUCAACAGCUGCCAAACUGGGGACAGCCCGACUGAAACCGGUCAUCCCUGCAGCCGUUCCGGGUCACAACCCAGCCAGCCGACACCGCAGGGUCUAUUCAGAUGAGGGAGGAAAACUGUGUCCCUUUCUGCCCCCUGAAAUCUUCCAGAAGCUACAAGUGGUGGACUCACAAAGCUCUAAGAAGGAAUUGACGCCCCUGGAAGAGGCUUCAUUACAGAAUCAGAAGCUGAAAGCUUCCUAUGAGGCGCGGAUGGCACGGCUGAAUCCCAGCCAGGCAGUGCAGAAGACGUCGUUGACUCUGUCUCUGCAGCGGCAAAUGAUGGAGAACUUGGUAAUUGCCAAAGCCCGGGAGGAGACACUGCAAAGAAAGAUGGAGGAGCGCAGGCUGCGGCUACAGGAAGCUGCUAACAGAAGGUUCUGUAGCCGAGUAAGCCUGACCCCAGAAGAACAGGAGCAGCGCACCCUUUAUGCUGCCAUCCUGGAGUAUGAGCAAGACCAUGAUUGGCCAAAGCACUGGAAAGCCAAGCUGAAGAGAAACCCGAAUGACCUCUCACUGGUGACCAGCCUCGUCUGCCACCUACUCAGUUUCCCUGACCAUCCAGUCUCCCAGCUCCUGAAGAAGCUACAGUGUGCCGUGUACAACAGGCUGUACCCCAUUAUCAGCAAGCAUGCCGCCGACUCCAAGACCGGCCUGGGUUGCCCUUCCCUUUCCCUGGACACAAAUGGGCUGCUGGCCCCUGGCAGUCGGCGGCUUCGAGCCUCCCAAAGCCUCUACUGCAUGUUUACCCUCCCUGAGCCUGUCAGGCUGAACCAGGAAAGCUCACCAGCUGGCUUCCCCACCCCUCUGCCACAUCCUGGCCCUCUGGACAAAGAAACGGAAGGCAGCUCCACAGGAUCCCCUUCUCCCCUGGUGGACGUCACUCCCAGUCUGCUGGACAAGGACAGCUCCUUUGAGGACCUGGAGCACCUCUUAGCAGCUCCAGACACCUGGGCCCGAGGUCCUGGGGGUCUCCCAGGGUCACAGACCCCCGGCAAGAAGCCGGUGACGUUGCCGGAGCAGCUGAAGAGUAUUGUAAAGGAUGUGCACAAUGCCAUCGACAGAUUGCUUUCCCUUACCCUCCUGGCAUUUGAGGGCUUAAACACAGCUGCCUCCAAGGAUCGAUGUCUGGCCUGCAUCGAGGAGCCCUUCUUCUCCCUGCUGUGGGCACCGCUGCUGGCUCUUUACAGGAUUGUCCACCAAGCCCGAGAAACAGCCCUGAGCAGGAGUAUGGAGCUCUGUGGAAACAUGCCUCCGUCCGCACUGGGCAUCGCCUCCAAACUCUUCCCUCAGGAGUCAGGGCUCAGAGGCUCAGGUUCCUACCCUUAUUGUACAGCAGUCCAGGAGCUGGGACUGAUGGUUCUGGAGAGCUGUCCUCAGAAGAAGCUGGAGUGCAUUGUCCGAGCUCUUCGCAUAAUCUGUGAGUGUGCUGAGGAAUACUGCGGCACCAAGGAGUCACGUCUACAGCCCAGCACGAUGGCCAUUGGAGCCGAUGAUCUGUUACCCAUCCUGUCAUAUGUAGUGUUGAAGAGUAACCUCCCCCAGCUGGUGUCUGAAUGUGCAGCGCUGGAGGAGUUCAUUCACGAGGGGUAUCUUAUUGGAGAAGAGGGUUACUGUCUGACCUCCCUGCAGAGUGCCCUGAGCUAUGUGGAGCUGCUGCCUCGUGGGGCUUUGGUGAAAUAGCAGGAAGGAAGGAGGUGCUGUCAUGGUCUUGCUGGUCCAUGGAGAACAGUGGAGCAGCCAUCCCUGGGAGAUCCUUGAAGAUAAAAACCUGCAGCCACCAUCCUUCCCUUCCCUACUCUUCUUCCCAGAGAGAGCAGAGCUGAGGGGCCUCUGCCUCCAAGUCCGAGUUUGCCAGUGACAGGGCUCCUUUUCCACACCGCCUGGAUAGUUUUGGUGGUUUGAGCACAGACAGACAGAGAGCUCUCUCCUAGCUGUAUUUAUCAUCAUCAAGUUCUCCUACUCUCCAUGCACCAGGAGCAGCAGAAUGUUCUGGGAAAUGGGCAUGAAACUUGAAAAAUAUGGCUUCUGCCCUUCAUCUUCUAGGCUUCUCACCUCCACCUUGACAUCUGCUCUCCAGGGGGCUCAUGAGAAGCUCCUCUCCAGCACUGUGGAGAAAACCUGCUCUCCGUGAGCAGCCAGUGAAAUGGGCAAGACUGGCAUCUCCAAUCCAGCUUUUCCUGGAGUUCUGGGCAUCUGUUUUCCCUCCCAAGAUCAGGGAUGGGGAAGGGACUUUCAGCAAAAUUGGGAUAUUCCCAAAACUCCCAAGAUGAGCCCCUAGCUGCUUGUACUUGCUUCUGUGAAUGCAGCUGUAGGCAUUAAGUGAGGCAGCUAGAAAGUCCUUACUCUCAAGCCCUGGGCUGGUUUGCUUGGUCGUUGCUGUAACCCUCUCCCCUCUGUCAAGGCUGUCUCCCUAGGUUGUAAGGGAUCCUCCCCCCUUCCCACCUCUGCCCCCCACUGUCUGGCUUGUCCUGUCACAGUGCCUGUAUUCCUAACUCCCAGUUUGGAAGCCAAAACUCUUAAGGUUGGCAUGACGCGCUCCGUGCCCUGUCUUCUCUGAGUGGGGCCCAGUGGGAUAUUCCAUCUGUCCCCAGGCCUGUUCCUCCUUGUUCCCUAGGCUUCAUGCCACAGUGGCUUCCUCGUAAUCUAAUGGAUGUGUGGACUCAAGGAAGGGUAGAGCCAGGGAAAGCUAGUGAUGACAGGGAGCACCCGCUGAGGAGGUGACAUGAUGAAGGGUCCAUCUGAGAAGACUGAACUGUCUGUCUCCCUGCCCCCUGAAUCAGCAAGCUCAAGGGAAGGCUCCAUCCUGCACCUGGCUGUGAGGGAUUCUGGGCCCCAUGGGCCUUCUGUCUGUCCUCCACUGCAGGAGCCAACCGUGAUAAAGGGGUUGCCUUGCCUGCUGACAGGUGCCAGGGUGUGCCCUAUCACCCAUGUACAUCUCACCAACAACUGCAGGCCUUGGGUGCCCGACCAUUUUGCCAAGUCUUUAGUGCAGUUGUGGCCCUCCAAACUCAGGCCCUAAGGUGGUUUUUCCAAACCCUACCAUGAAAGGAGAAUCCCCAGGUCAUGGACUAGGAAGCCCCAAGCUGAGCUGCUUUAGGGUGUGCACUCAGAAAAAGAGCAGGGCUCAGAGUCAGAAUGUCUGUCUCAGUAGUGGGUGAGCAUGGCAUGGGCCCCUUGCUGGCUUGGCCACCCUCGAUGAGCAUGAAGAUACCAGGAGCCAAUAGUCACUUUCCCUUACAUUUGUCUCAUUCUGUCCAUCUCCCAAAAGAGCCAGAAAGUGAAGGGAAAAGAAUUCUGGCCCCAGAAUUGGAGCACCCCUGCUGUGGGCAGAGGGGCCAAGCCUGUCAGAGUUCUUCUGGGGUUAGGUUUAGGGAGCUGUGAUUUCCAGGCUGCACCCAACAGAAUUACUGCUGAAGUUUGGCACUCACAGGGGACUACUGUCUAAUCCCUGGCAAGGGGUUGGGAUCCACCAUUCAAGAUGGGGCAUCUUGCUUAGUUAGAUUUCUCCUAAGAAACAAGGAGCAGAGGAGAAGGGGUUAGAAACCUGGCUUAGGAUGUAGGAUUCUUGGAUUUGGUUUUUUCCUCCCUUUGUGACUGGUUGUACUACCGCUGUAUCUUAGUCGUUUGUGGGGCCAGACUGUUCUAGAGAUCCUCCUAGAGAAAGCCCAGAAUUUUUAAGCUAUUUUGAGAUAGAAACAAUUGUACUAUAUUUAUUUAUUUAUUUGUUUGUUCACUGUGCUUUGCUGUACACUAGAAUUUAGCUGGUCUGGUCCCUGUGUAUACAUCUGGGAGAGAGUGGGAACAAUUGCUGUCUCCAUGUCAUAGGGAUGCUGAGGCUUAUCUUCACGCUUCUGGUUUGGUUGCCCUCCCACCUCUCCACCCCUCUUCCAGUUUGUCUCCUGUGCAGUGCAGGUGAUCCUUUCCACCCAUGAGUGAACCAGGAGCUCUCCAGAACCUCUGCUCCUCAGAUGAGGGCAGGCGAGAGCUCCUGCUCGCACUAAUAGUUUCGUCCUUGCCAGUGGUAGUGGCCAGUCUGGCUCUCUCAUGGUCUCUCCCACACAGGCUUUUCACUCCAAAUUAGGAGUCCCCCGUUGACUUUCCCUGUGUUCUCUCCUAGGUCAAUGUGAAUCUUUUGAUGUCCUAUGGGCAAAAGCUAAUCAACUCCUACUCACCCUCCCACUUAUGUUUGUAAAGGCCCCUGAAGGCCCUGGAUGGGACAGAAGUGUCUGCCAGACUUCACCUUGGCUUUGGCCCUGUUGCUUCUGGACUGUGAUAAUGUGUCAGAAAGGCCCAAAGGCUGGGGAAAUAAACAGGUCACUACUGGC